UUCUCCUCACCUAUUCAAUUUAAAAGUACAUUAGAAAAAUCCCUUCUUUGUCUGCUUGACGUAAAGAACUUUUGCAUCCCGUCACUUUUCUUUUUCCCCUCUUGGAAAGGUGUUGCAGGAUGUUGUGCCAAAACAACUACUGCACCACUGGAUCGAGUAAAGAUUUUGCUGCAAGCUCAUAACCACCAUUACAAACAUCUAGGAGUGUUUUCUACACUGUGUGCUGUCCCCAAAAAAGAAGGUUACCUGGGGCUGUAUAAAGGAAACGGGGCAAUGAUGAUUAGAAUCUUUCCAUAUGGCGCCAUUCAGUUUAUGGCAUUUGACCAAUAUAAAAAGGUAAUAAAGAAGCAACUUGGGAUUUCAGGGCAUGUGCAUCGAUUAAUGGCUGGAUCCAUGGCAGGUAUUACAGCAGUGAUUUGUACUUACCCUCUUGAUAUGGUUAGAGUUCGUCUGGCGUUCCAAGUAAAAGGGGAACACAAGUACAUGGGAAUUAUCCAUGCAUUCAAGAUGAUUUACACAAAGGAAGGUGGUUUUAGUGGGUUCUACAGAGGGCUGAUGCCAACUGUUGUAGGAAUGGCACCAUAUGCGGGUUUUUCAUUUUUUACCUUUGGUACCUUAAAGAGCAUUGGACUUGCUCAAGCACCUAACUUGCUUGGACGGCCUUCAUUAGAUAAUCCCGAUGUCUUAGUUUUGAAAACACAUGUAAAUCUGCUGUGUGGUGGCAUAGCUGGAGCAAUAGCUCAGACGAUAUCAUAUCCCCUUGAUGUAACUCGUAGGCGAAUGCAGUUAGGAGCGGUUCUCCCAGACUCUGAAAAGUGCCUUACAAUGGUGCAGACACUGAAAUAUGUGUAUCGGCAACAUGGGAUACGAAGAGGAUUAUACCGUGGUUUAUCUCUAAAUUAUAUUCGUUGUAUUCCUUCCCAGGCUGUGGCUUUUACCACAUAUGAACUUAUGAAACAAUUCUUGCACCUCAACUAAUUUUUUUUUUUAAGACUUUCCUGUAAAACUACACUAUCAGUCCUCAAAUUGUAUUGGUGAGUAAAUUACUUGAAGUUUAAAAAAAGCUAUCUGUUUUUGUUACUGUGGAACUGCUGUCGUCUGACAUUUUUAUUCACCAAAAUGUGGUUAAUUUCCUGGAGUCAAACCAGGAGACAGAUCAAAAUAAACAUUAGUUAGUUAUAAACAUUUUUUUGCACUUGAUCUUCUAGGCUUCAUUAGAUUAAUGUUAAGAAUUACACAGUUUUAAAAUUACACCCACAUUUUAUACAGGUUUCAAGCUGUUCGUUAUUUAGCUUUAUCACCAUUCCAGGAGUUACACACAUGGUUAUAUUGCUUUUUAAGCUAGUAGUUAGGCAUCUGUUCUUUUUUAAAAAUCAAAUUGAAUAAAUAGACUUGAAAAAAUGCAAUGAUUUUUCAUAUUCAAAUACUUGCCAGCUCUGUAGAAGCUGAACUCAGCAGACCACAACUUAAGCAUCUUUUUGUUCUUUUUCUUGUACAAGUUCUCUGUAUGCAAGAACAACGCGUGUAUCUUCAGAUUGGUACAUAUGGAAGCCUCUUCAAUCAUUUCAAUAAAUAAUGAAAAGAUGUAUUUAACUUCAGUAGAAAUCUUGCAAUUUGGAAACCAGUUUCUUGGCAUAGAUUCUAUUCUAAAAAAUGCUGUAUCUACACAAAUAACACCAGGGGGAACUUCUAGAGUGACAAGUGCUAGAAAAGAUCUCCUUAAGGCAAUUAGUAUAAGCCUAAUCUUACAAGGCAUUUCUGUACCUAUUCUGUGGAGCUGAAUGUUCUCAAUUUAGUUUACUGAAGGCUGAGUAUUUUAUGUACUUCUCAGUACUAGCUCAUGUAAACAGGUUUGUCCCUACUUUAAAACACGGUGACAAACAAGACUGCAUGCUGCUGCAUUUACUUAUUUAGGCAUAUGGACCAUAUUCAACCUCCUGCGCAAGAAAAGAAAACAAAGAUUGUACUGGAGUCUAUAAGUGUGUAUAUGUACCGUUUCUAAAGUAUGGUAUGCAAUAGACUAUUACACGUCUUUGUCCUCCUACAAUUCCUUUUGUAGAGAGAAUUAUGUUCCAGAUUUGUUUAUACAUGAUUUGCAUUGGUACUCUUGAUUUUACUCACUUGAUUCAGGAAACUGUAAAGCAUUUACUUUAAGUGAUGUAAGUUAUUUAUUUAUUGUAAAUAUUUUAGCAGCAUCUUUUAAGAAUUGGUAGUGGUUCUGUUAAGUGGUGGAUGGUAAGAUCGAAUUGUUUAAUUUUGACAAACUGGAUUUUGAGUUAUAUAUUCAAUACCAACUUUGGUGGCUCAAUUUUUUUUUUCCCAGUUUCUUAAAAGUAUGUAUUUCUUUGAUAUUUAGCAAUGUAGCUAUGGACAGAGAAUGAGAUGUAUUUGAAUUUAUUUUAUUAAAAAUUUUCAACUAA